AUGCCCAUCCAAGACAUAUGGGCUUCUGAACGCCUGGAUUCGACGGGAAUCCCGACCAUCCAGACUAAAAUGACAACCGAGCAUGGCCGUUUCGCCUCCCUCGUCCCGUCGAGCGCUCCUGGAGAAGCGAACGACGUUUGCCAACUCCGCGAUGGAGUCCGGGGCAUCAAUGGCGGCAAAGGCGUCUCGCGCGCCGUGCAGGGAAUAAACGAGAUUAUUCGUCCCGCACUGAUCGGACUCGAACCAGCCACUCAACUCAAGGAAAUCGAUCGUUUGAUGCGCAAAUUGGACUCGACGACGAACCUGAGCAAUUUGGGCGCCAACGCGAUUCUCUCCGUUAGCAUGUGUGCUGCACGGGCCGGAGCCCAGGCGAGCGGGCUACCACUAUACAAGUUCAUUGCGAAAGAAGCAGGCAUGAGCUUGUACAAUUCCGUCAUGCCGGUGCCCUUCAUGGUUGUGCUGAAAGGCCGUCAAAACUCCAGCAACAAGAUCAACUUUCGCGAAUUCAUGAUCGCCCCUAUCGGCGCCGCCUCAUUCAGGGAGGCAGUGCGUCUCAACACCGAGACGUAUGAGUGCUUGAAGAACGUGAUCUUCGAGAAGGAUUCAGGAUUCACCAUUGAUGACCAAGGCAGGUUUGUACUGCUGCCCCGGGCCCCUUCGUAUCCACUGGAUCUCUUGGUCGAGGCAAUUCGAAGGGCAGGUCAUGAGGGCAGAAUUAAGAUUGGUAUCAAUGCAGCCGGGCAGGCUUUUGAGCGGAACGGCCUGUACGACGCUGGCGAUGGGUCGCAAGAAUGUUGGACCCGGAGCCAGUUGAUAUCUUUGUACCAAGAUUUGGCGAAGAAAUACCCGAUCCUCCUCUUGGAGGACCCCUUUGGACAUGACGACUGGAUGACAUGGACUUCACUAAACGCGAGCUUCAAGAACGAGCUCGAGCUCGUCGGUGGUGCUUUGUUGCUGUCAAAUCCCGAGCGACUACAGUACGCGAAACGGUCUGCUGCGUGCAAUGCGCUACUGCUGAAGAUCACUCAGAUUGGAACUAUCUCCGACUCGCUUGCAAUUGCCAAAGAAGCGUUCAACUCAGGAUUCUCCGUCGUCGUGUCACACUCUUCUAGCGAGACGACAGACGACUUCCUCGCCGACCUUACGGUGGGCCUUCGAGCCGGUCACCUGAAGUCUGGUGCGCCGUGUCGGGGAGAGCAUGUGGUAAAGUACAACCGGUUGAUGGAGAUUGAAGAGACCUUCCUCCAAUAUGGAUUACCACAGAAUUGUCUCUAUGCUGGAAAGGCAUUCGAAGAUGCGGGAGACCUCUUAGCCAGGUGCCAUCUUACGUGA